AGUGUAUGUUUUGCACUCACGACUUUCACGACAGCCCCUGUGAACGGGCCAAAAAUUGUUGCAGUGAAAAUAGUCAGCCUUUAUUCUUCGGAUUGAUCAGUAUUCUUUCCGAGGUCUGAGCGCUUGUGAUUCACUCUUCCUUUUUUUCUGUAGUUUUGAGACUUAGCUCCUAACCAACACCGCCACCACCAAAAACAACCAUGGCUGAUGAUGAAGCAAAGAAGGCCAAACAGGCCGAAAUCGAGCGCAAGCGUGCUGAGGUGCGCAAGCGUAUGGAGGAGGCCUCGAAAGCAAAGAAAGCCAAGAAAGGUUUCAUGACUCCAGAAAGAAAGAAGAAACUGAGGCUGUUGUUGCGUAAGAAAGCCGCCGAAGAACUGAAGAAGGAACAGGAGCGUAAAGCAGCGGAACGUAGGCGCAUCAUUGAGGAACGAUGCGGCAAGGCAAAGAACAUCGAAGAUGCCAACGAAGACGUGUUGAAAGACAUAGUUAAAGAAUAUUACAACCGUAUGUAUACAUGUGAAGGCCAAAAAUGGGAUCUGGAAUUCGAAGUCCGGAAAAGAGAUUGGGAGAUUUCCGACCUCAACGCCCAAGUCAACGACCUUCGCGGUAAAUUCGUCAAGCCAACGCUAAAGAAGGUCUCCAAAUACGAGAACAAAUUCGCCAAGCUGCAGAAGAAGGCUGCAGAAUUCAACUUCCGCAACCAGCUCAAGGUUGUCAAAAAGAAGGAAUUCACCCUGGAAGAGGAAGACAAGGAGAAGAAACCCGAUUGGUCCAAGAAGGGCGACGCCAAGGAAGAAGAAGCUGCCGCUUAAAUGAAGGGCCGUGGAAAUCAUCCGAAUCACCACCAAGACGCCUUCUUAGAUCACAUGGCUAAGCCAUUCUAUGUAGUUUACAGAACAAGCCUGUCUAUCCGUCAAACAGUUGACAGACAAAAAAAGUCGCCCUCCACACCCCAGCCUGGAAGUAUGCAAGCCCAACCGAAAGGAGAUGAAUGGAACAACACACUAUGGACGACGAACCUCAUUUGUAAAAUGUUGAACAUGAGCAAGAGCGGUGACCCUGCGAAGACUAAAAUAUUUCUUUUACACUCUCUAUUAAGUUCAUCCUAGAUUUGUAAUUUAAUAACAAAAUUAUCAUGUAAUCAAGUGGUUUUUAUUUUCUGUGGAGAUGUGAACACACUCGCAGCUAAGAAGAUACGAACGGGAGACCAAGCGCAGCGUUAUCAGGCGAGCGAAAGAGCGACGAACAGAACGACGAAAGAGAGAAAAGAGACUACUAUUCAGCCAGCUGCGCGAAGGAAGAACACAGUGGUGUACGAGAGAGAAGCUUUGUUCAGCUUCAACACUGUGCGCCUCGAAGUUGCAUUGCCAUUUUUUCGAAACAUUGUUUGCGAGUAAAAACUUUAUUUUGUAUCUUUGUAA